AAUUUUUUACAAUCGGCGUCUUUUUUCAACAAAGCAGAAAAGUUUUUCAAUUUUUAUAACAAAAUUAAUUAAAAAUAAAAAAAAAUAAGGCCACAUUUCAAAUAAAAACAAUGUGGAAUUAAAUAAACAACAAGCAAUCAAUAUUAAUAAAAUAAAACUUCAACAAUGGAGGCGAUUUUACCUUUUAAAAUAAAAAAUGAACAAAAGUUUUUUGAAAGUGCCUUAAAAGUGGGCUACAAUGAAAUGGAAAUAUAUAAAUUCAUUUAUGUCAUGCAACAAAGUGACUUGGACAUUUUUCCCAAAAUGCAUGACGAACGCAUUAAUAUACUUAUCUAUGGCUGGGAAUUGUGUGAAGACUAUAAGCAAAAACUUAAUCCCAAUGAAUGGGAAUUGCCGGAGGAGAUGGAAGUUAUAUUAAAACUUCUAGUACCGUGGAGUAUGGAUAUAUGGUUUAGUAAGGAAUGGGAUAAAUGCAAAAUAUAUUUGAAAAUUGGUUUAAUACAUUGUUUAAAUCGUGCCCGUGAUUUGCUGAUGCGUAUGCCGGAUAUGAUGCAAAUCAAUUGGGAUUUUCUGUUGCUUUACAAUCUUAAGCCUUGGAAUGUUAUGUAUUUGAAGAAUCUUACUGUGACGAAAGAGAAAACAUUGGAAAAUGGUGCUCAAUCUAUUGAGACGGAGGAAUUGCCGGCAACGAAUGAGGAUAUUUCCUAUGUUAAACUGGAACAAUUACCAUUAAUUGUCUUACGUUUAGUUAAAUUCUUUGAUCAAUCAUCCAUCGAUAUGGUGAAAACUUUAUGUAUGCGAGUUAUAGCUGCUUGGAAUAAAAUACAUCAGACUGAAUUAGAAACAUCAGGUUCUAGAAGACCUUAUAUACCUCCCGAAGACAAAAGAUGUCUCUUAUUGAUAUGUCACAUUUAUCUAAUGGCAGUUUAUGAAUCAGAUGAUGUCAAAGGUUAUGUCAUAGAUAAUAUGAUCAACAAUAUACGCUUCUAUUAUCAGGGAUUUCAAAACUCUACCGCCAUGUAUGUUAUGGAUAAUUUAGAAUAUACUCCUGCCCGUUUUAUAGCUCUCACUAACAUGCAUUUGCGCGUACAGAAACGUGACUUUUUCGAUUUCUUUAUUUGGAAUAAAUAUGAUACUUCUCUGGUCAAUUUAUUUGGUGUUGUCUCACAAGCUUAUAAAAGUUAUUUGCUGGGCAAUUUACUAAUGGAACUUAAUAAUAUGAAUGAAGAUGAUUUCGCUUCAAAUAUACCGCUAUACAAACGUCUUAUGAAUUCGUAUGUUAAUGAACGUGAAAAAAGUGAAUUGUUUUUACUAAAUGAAUUGGACAAACUGGAAGCACAACGUUAUGCUCAUAAUAUUAUACAGACUGUUAGGAAUGUCACCGAUUUUAAGAAUAAAAUAUGUAAAGGAAAUCGCAUGAGUAAUAUUGGUAAUUAUGAAAAUUCAGAUGAUACAGUAACACCUUUGGCUGAUGCAGAUAAUGAAAAUCCAACGGAGUUUGCCAUGGAAGAAGAAGUAAGAGAUGAUGUUGUUGGUGAAGAGGGGGAAGAUGAACAGGAACGUGUGCGUAAGAAAGAAAGUGAAUUGCGUUUGGAUCCCAUAUUUCAAAAUUUACCUAAUAAUGAGAGUAUACUUUAUUAUGUCUAUGAAGUUUUGGCGAAGAAGGACUACAAAGGUUGGCAUUUCGCUAAAAUCGUUUUACUUGUCAAAAUCAUCGAUCAUGAACUAAACAUGAUCGAAACAUGGCGUUAUCAUCCCGGUUUAACCGCUGAUUUCAUGUUGAAUUUAGAAAUUAAACUUUCCCAUCAUUAUGUCGACUUGGCAAAAAUCUUUAAAGAUCAUCCAUUUUUGGAACAAGAAUUUUGGCUUACAGCUUUCUAUCUCAAUCCCACUAACGAUAUCUAUGAAACCAUUAAAAGGCUGGGCAUGCGUAACAACCGCAAACGUACCGAUGAACAAGCGAAACUGGUCAUGAGUAUUGAUAAUAUAGAUGCCAAAUAUGGUUUACUAAGUUCUACCAUAGAUGUCAAAGAAAUUGCCACUCUGGCCAAUACCGAUGAUCCUGAUACAGAUUAUAAUCCCCUAUUUGCAGCAUUGCACUCUUUAAGGGUACCCGAUAGUUUGGUUAAAGACAUGAUAACUGCCAUAUUCUUGCCACGUAAUAAAAGUUUUGCCUGGGUUGUGGAUUGGGGUGUAUUACGUACACGUUGCAAAAUGAUUAUGAAUAAUUCAAAGGAGAAAAAACGUUUUGUGGAACUUAAUAUGGCCGAGGCAAAUGAACGUUUGAAAUAUUUAAUAAUCGAUUAUGAAAAAUACAAGAAUAGGCCACAGCUGGACUAUGGUACUAUAGAGGAGGGUUAUGAGAAUCUAAUGACUAGUGGUGAUUUCGAUAAGGAAACAGAUGAGGAGGAGGAAGAAGAAGAGGAGGAUGAUUUUGAAGAUGAUGAAGAUGUGUACGAAAGUAAAAGAAGAGGUAGGGGAAGUUUUGCGGCAGCAGCCAGAAAGAAGGAAGAAGAAAAAGUUCAAGACGACAACUCCCAAGAAGAUGAUCCAUUUUUAAUGGGCAAAAGACGUACUCGGGCCCGUACUGCUGCUACUCUAGCCAGUUUCCUCUUUCAAACACUACCGCGCUCCUCUAGACGUAAGCGCAAUCAAAAACCCAUUGAAGAAGAAACAAAAGCUGAUGAUGACAAGACAUCUAAUGAUAAUGAUGAAAAAUCUUCGGAAUCUAAAUCACCCAUAACAACCUCAGAAUCACCCAUGCCAUCAUCACCACUCAGCGGUGGAGGGGAUCAAAAAGAGCCCGAAAUUCCCAUUCUACCCACUAAAAAUAUUAAAGAUUGUUUGAAAGAAAGACCAACAUUUUUGAAUUCUACUCAGGGUUUUCAAAAUCUUAUCGAUAUUUGGAAUGUAGAAAAAACUGAUUUGCAAUCAAUCGAUGAAAAUUGUGUUUCAUUAAUGGAAAGUUCAGCUGUGCUAAAACGUGCUAUUAAAUGGAAGCAGUUGAACAAAGAGAUAAAUCCUAUGGGUUGUGAUGAAGAGGAAUUUAUCGAUGAAUCAGAGAUGACAAUACAUAAUGCAGAAUUUGCCAUAAAAAUGGAAUUUAAUUUGAAUGCAGUGAAAGAGGAAGAUGUAGAAAUGAAAAAUGUGGAGAUGGAUGAUGAUGUAGAGAAUGCAGAAACUAACGAAUCUCAUGAAGUCGUUGCGGCCAAGGAGGCUGAAGUUUCGGAAAUGAUAGUUAUGGAUGAAGUUACACUUGAAAAAGAAGCUGAAUUGGAAGCCAUCGAAAAUGAGCAGAAUCAAGAGAUACCGCCUAUCGAGGAGAAUAGCGACGAUUCGGACAUGUCGACAGCUGCUAUUAAAGAUAAUGAGGAAGUCAGUGAAACAAAUACAGAAAUGAAUAAUUCAAAGCGUAAUAGUAUUAAUAGUGAUAAUGAAUUCUUAACGGAUAAGAUUGAUGAAAAUGAAGAUUUAAAUGAAGAAGACGAAACAACAACCAAGCAAAUAGAGAUUAAAGAGACUGAACAGGAAGAGAAAACACAAGAAGAUACAAGUAAAGAUGAACAGCAAAGUAAAGAUGCUUUAGGGCAAAAAGACAAAGAAGAUAAACAAACUGAAGAAAAAUCAUUAAUUUAUGAACUUAAUGAAAAGGAUUUAAAAAACAAAACAGAAACCACAAUUUCUGAAGAUUUAACAACAACAACGACAAUUGCUGAGAAAUCUACGGCAGGCGAGGAAUCAAUAGAAAAAGUUUCCGAAACAUUAACUAUCAACGACAAAGUAAAUUCGAACGAAUCAGAGAAAUUAGAAGAGACACAACAAGAUAAUAAAACUGAAAAGCCAGAUGAUUUGGAGAUAAAGAAUAAUGAAACUUCAGAGAAAACUAAAGAAACGUUAGAAAAAAAUUUGGUAUCAAAAGAAAUUACAGAAGAUGCAAAUAGAACAAACAAUUCAAACCAAGAUUCUUCACUCCCAAACACUGAAACAGAAAGAUCUGAAACAAAAGAUAAAGAAUCCCAUUCGCAAUCUCUGCUUGAUGAAUCUAAUAUAGUAUUACACUACUCCUCCUGCGAAGAUUUGGAAGCAUCAAAGACACAAGCUGAAGAAAUAAAAUCCGAGACAGAAGAAACUAAAGAUGAAUCAGUUAAGUCCGAAGAAUACUCUGAUAGUAGUGAUACACGAGAGUUAAAAAAUCAGUGUUUAACUAAGAAUGUAAAAGUAUUAGUACGGAAAUUACGACCUUCAGAUUUGACAGAUUUAAGGCAACCUAGAAUAAAGAUACGACGUGUUAGCUAUGAAAAAUACAUGGAACAGUUAAGAGCUAAACGAAGGCGAAUGGCUGGAAGAGCUUAUGUUGACAUCGACGACAGUUCUAAUUCGAACAACAGCUACGGCGCCAAUAGCAGUUCCUCUGAUGCAUAUCAACCGCCUAAAGUUAAAAGAAAAUUACCGCUGAGACGUCAUUCUCUGCGUCAAAUGCGUACUUCAGAAUCUGAUUAUGACUCCACUAAUUCAGAUGAUUUAAAACUAUCUACAAUGGUAACGAAAGUAAAAGUACGCGAAAGACGUUUAAGUACACCCUCAUCAUCACAAAGUUCCAACAACGCUGCUUCAGUUAGAAAAUCAACAACAGCAGGUCCCAAAUCGUCCAAACAUAAUCUAGUUGUAACACCACGCAGUGCCAGUGGCUUAAAAUUACGCAUAUCAAAUGCUGAACAAAAUUCUCAAGAAGCGAAACGCAAGAAAACCUCAUCAUCUAUAGAGUACGAUGAUAUAAUACAAUUAUCUUCCUCGUCGAGUGAUGCAUGUAUACUAGCGCCCAUUUUAGAAGAAGUUAUUGAAGUAGACGAUCAUCCUUUAUUCGAGGAGGAAAUUAUAAUUUAAGUUUUUUUGUUUAGUUUUACUUUUUCUAGUUUAAUUUCUUUACUGUAAAUACCAUAUACGCAAAAUUCAAGUUUACAGUGUGGACAAACAUCUUUCUAUUUCAUCCUUUUUCCAUCUAAUUUAUUUCUCUAAUACUGUACAUAGUAAAAAAAAUUUAAGUUAUUUUUAACAAAACUAUAAAAUUCACAACGUAUUAAUAAAGAAGAAAUGUUUGA